CAAAUGAAGCUCAUAUACUUUAGCAACGAGUUUAUUUUCGAGGACCUGCCGAACAUCUUCCGAGAAUUACACCAGCAUAGCAAAAGCAGAAGACAUCCUGUCCUUGCCCGGUUUUUACAAGAAGGAACCACUGCCAUCCGUGACGAAGUACACCACUUGCCGACAGAACUCAGACAACUGAUUCCCACGUUUGAGAGUAUCCUGACAUUUUUGGAGUUCUCCGAGCUCCGAAAGGGUCCUCUUUGUGGAUCUGUCGAUGGUAUACUCCUUUGUAUUGCUGAGUUGGGGACACUCAUUGCUUACUAUGAAAGUUGCCCGAGUGCCUUUGAUCUGGACGAUACCAAUGUAUGUCUCGCUGGUCUAGGUAUCGGGCUUCUAGCCGCACCUGCUCUAUCGUUAGCCAGUACAGUGGCGGACCUUGCGGUUGUUGGAACCCAGGUCCUGAGACAAGCCUUUCGUCUCGGUGUUCUGGUCAACCAAGUUUCCCAGAAUUUGCAGCAUCGUGAUUUAACCGAAGAUACCUCUCUGGACUCAUGGGCCUACGUGCUAUCAAACGUAUCAGCAGAGCAAGUCCAGCAGCAGCUCGACGCUAUGCAUCAAAAACAGUGCACUCCAGUAGCAGCCAAGAUUUUCAUCAGUGCUUUGAGCGCUUCUUCCGUUACGAUCAGUGGACCUCCAGCUAGGUUGAAAGUUCUUUUUCAAAUCGAAGAUUUCUUCCGCGAUUGUCGAUCCAUCGCCUUGCCUGUAUACUCUGGCCUGUGCCAUGCUGGACACAUUUACACGGAGAAAGACGUGCGUGAGGUAGUCAGGACGCCCUCUAUGCAGCGCAUCGACAAAACUCUCGCACCCCGACUUCCUAUCUUUUCAACAAGCACCGGGAAGUCUUUCCCUGCAACAAGUGCAACUGACCUGUUCGAGCACAUAAUAAGCGAGAUUCUAACACAACCGAUACAAUGGGACAAGGUUGUGCAAGGUGUCAUCCAACGGGUGCAGGAAAAUCCACGUGCAGGUAUUGAUGUGCUGGUUUAUCGAAUGUCUAUCCCCAUGCACGAUCUCUCGAAGGCGUUGAAAAAUGUACCAGAAAUGGAUCUGUCGAUCAAGGAGCUUGGGUCCUGGGUUCAUAACAAGCAUCCUUCCACAGACAUCAUCGACAUUGACACGGAUGCAGGGAACAGAGAUCCGUCGCAGUCCAAGAUAGCGAUCGUGGGCAUGUCAUGUCGAAUGCCUGGUGGAGCGACCGAUACCGAGAAAUUCUGGCAGUUGCUUGAGAACGGUUUGGAUGUGCACCGUAGGAUCCCAGCUGACAGGUUUGACGUUGAGUCGCACUACGAUCCCACAGGAAAGCGCAUGAACACUUCACACACGGCAUACGGUUGUUUCAUCGACGAGCCUGGGUUGUUUGAUGCACCUUUUUUCAACAUGUCGCCGCGCGAAGCACAACAAACAGAUCCUAUGCAACGACUUGGCCUGGUGACAGCAUAUGAAGCGCUCGAGAGAGCUGGUUAUGUCGCCAAUCGAACAGCUGCAACGGAUUUGCAUCGCACUGGCACCUACUAUGGCCAAGCUAGCGACGAUUACCGCGAGGUCAACUCAGCACAGGAAAUCAGCACCUACUUCAUCCCUGGAGGUUGUCGCGCAUUUGGACCUGGCAGAAUCAACUACUUUUUCAAGUUUUCAGGCCCUAGUUACAGCAUUGAUACGGCGUGUUCGUCUAGUCUGGCAACUAUUCAAACUGCGUGUACAUCGCUCUGGGCAGGUGACAUUGAUAUGGCUGUGGCUGGGGGUACCAACGUGUUAACCAACCCCGAUGCGUUUGCGGGUCUCAGCCAUGGUCACUUUCUGACCAAGACCCCAAAUGCGUGCAAGACCUGGGAUUCUGAAGCUGACGGCUAUUGCAGAGCUGACGCAGUCGCUUCCGUUGUCCUCAAGCGUCUUGAGGACGCGGAAGCAGAUAAUGACAAUAUCCUUGGUGUUAUUCUUGCAGCAGCAACAAACCAUUCCGCUGAAGCCAUUUCUAUCACGCAUCCCCAUGCAGGUCAUCAAGCCUAUCUUGGCACGCUGGUCACGAAUCGAGCAGCCAUCAACCCGCUCGAUGUCAGCUUUGUUGAAAUGCAUGGUACAGGCACACAAGCAGGAGAUGCAGAGGAAAUUCAAUCCGUGACUAACGUCUUUGCCCCUUCGGCCAAACGCCGUAACUCCAAAAAUCCGCUGUACAUCGGUGCAGUAAAAGCUAACGUAGGUCACAGCGAGGCAGCUGCAGGUGUCACAGCUAUAAUCAAGGUACUCCUCAUGUUGCAGAAACACGCCAUUCCACCACAUGUGGGAAUCAAAAACAGUCUCAACCCUAGGUUUCCGAAGGACAUGGACGCACGCAAUGUCCGCAUACCCUACGAGAAAACGCUGUGGCCGCAAGUGCCUGGGAAAAAACGUCUUGCCAUGGUAAACAACUUCAGUGCUGCUGGAGGAAAUACGACUAUUGCCAUCGAAGAAGCACCUGAGCGGAAGGUGAUCGGAACAGACUCUCGUCCCUCGCAUGUCGUUACAGUAUCGGCAAAGAGCAGGGCGUCAUUCAAAGGAAAUAUUGAAAGGAUGCUCGUGUAUUUGGAAACAAAUCCAGAGACGCGACUCGCAGAUCUUUCGUAUUCAACUACUGCACGUCGAUGCCACCACAAUUACCGUGCGGCCUUUUCUUGUUCCACUAUCGACCAGGCCAAGAGGCACCUUGCAUCGACCUUGGUGUCUUUGGAUACACACAAACCGGUUCCAAACACUGAUGCGCCUCCAAUUGCAUUUGUUUUUACCGGACAGGGCGCAUCAUACAAGUCGUUCAACUUGGAGCUGUUCAACCAGUCGCCAUACUUCCGAUCCGAGAUGCUGCGGCUGGAUGCCAUCACUCAGGGCCAGGGAUUUCCAUCGUUCCUUCCUGUGUUGGAUGGCAGCCAUGCAGAGAACCGUGAAUACCAACACUCACCAGUCAUGACGCAGCUUGCGCUCGUAUGCAGCGAAAUUGCUCUGGUCAAGUACUGGGGCUCUCUGGGUGUGAGGCCUGAUGUUGUUGUUGGUCAUAGCCUAGGCGAGUAUGCGGCCUUGCAUGUAGCUGGCGUGCUCUCAGCUUCCGAUACAAUUUUCCUUGUCGGGCGGAGAGCCACGAUGCUUGAGACCAAGUGCCAGGUGGGAAGUCACAAGAUGUUGGCGGUGCGAGCUUCCGUCCAGCAGAUCGAGAAGAGUGCUGUUGAAGCACACCUUCCCUACGAACUCGCUUGCAUUAAUGGUCCAAAGGAAACUGUAAUCAGUGGUCCGGUGGCAGAGAUUGAAGCCCUUGUUGCGGUACUUGAAUCCGAUGGCUACAAGUGCUAUAGCCUCGACGUGGCCUUUGCCUUCCACUCGGCCCAAACGGACCCUAUCCUGGACGAUUUUGAGGCUAUCGCUAAUAGCGGCGUACUAUUCCAAGCACCUCACCUGCCUGUGAUCUCACCUCUUCUCAACAAAGUCAUAUUUGACGACAAAACGAUUAACGGCAACUAUAUGCGCCGGGCUACACGUGAGCCUGUCAAUUUCCUGGCGGCCCUGCAAACGGCCAAGAAGAUCGGUACUUUAGACGACGACACGGUUUGGAUCGAAAUAGGGCCCCAUCCCGUUUGCAUUGGGUUUAUCAAGUCGACUCUUUCGCCAGUUGGCUUUGCUGUCGCAUCUCUGCGCCGAGAUGAGGACAAUUGGGCGACUAUGGCCACAAGUCUUGCGGCACUACAUUGCGCUGGUGUGCAGAUCGGCUGGAACGAAUUCCAUAGCCCGUUUGAACAGUCGCUGCGACUCCUGGACCUGCCUACGUAUGCUUGGAAUGACAAAAGAUAUUGGUUACAGUAUAAUGGUGACUGGGCUCUCACGAAAGGCAACACCUUUUAUGACGCUGAAAAGUCACAGUCGAGUUUGAUAGAAGCAGAACCUUCCACUAGCACCUCCAGUCUGAGUACCUCAACUGUACAGCGCAUCAUUGACGAAAGUUUUAUUGGAAUGGCUGGAACUGUCGUGAUGCAGUCCAACCUAGCGCAUCCAGAAUUCAGAGCCGCGGCUUGGGGCCAUAAGAUGAACGGUUGUGGUGUUGUCACCUCGUCUAUCCAUGCUGAUAUCGCUUACACGCUGGGCGAAUACCUGUACAAGAAGCUUGUGCCUACACGCGGCAAACAGGGAGUUCAUAUUGACAUUACCAACCUUGAAGUCGUCAAAGGACUUGUCGCAAAUAGUACUCCAAAGAUCCCACAAUUCAUACAAGUCUCGCUGACCACGGCCGACAUAACAUCCAACAAGGCCCAGAUAACGUGGUACAACGUGCACGUCAACGGAACUGUAGUCGACCAACCCUUCGCAACCGCUACUCUCGUCUUUGGUUCGCCUAGUGAAUGGUUAGCCUCGUGGGUUCCCCUAACUCACUUGGUGCAAGGCCGCAUCGAACAACUUGAGCGCCUGGCCGAAUCAGGUGUCGCCAACCGCUUCAAUCGGAACAUGGCAUAUCUCCUCUUCGCGAACAACCUGGUCAACUACCAUGACAAGUACCGGGGCAUGACAUCGGUAGUCUUGCACGAUCUUGAGGCUUUUGCCGAUGUGACGCUGACAACUGAUAAAAGCGGAUCGUGGACCGUGCCGCCUUAUUUCAUCGACAGCGUAGCGCAUCUGGCGGGCUUUGUCAUGAACGUGAGCGAUGCCAUGGAUACUAAAGCCGACUUCUGUGUCACACCAGGUUGGGACUCGAUGCGCUUUGCAAAACCCCUCGUAGCUGGGGCCAAGUAUCGCUCCUAUGUCAAGAUGAUUCCCACGCCGGAGGAUGCAACUGUGUAUCUGGGUCAGGUGUAUAUCCUCCAGAACGGAAUAAUCAUUGGAGUUGUUAGGGGCAUCAAGUUCCGCAGGUAUCCAAGGAUCUUGCUCAGCCGUUUCUUUUCUGCGCCAGAUGACUCCAAACCAUCUCCUAUCGCCACCAACUCCACUUCUGUUGCUACAAUACCUGUCGCUGGCUCAGCAAUUGUAAAUCCUAUAUUAGGAUCGUCCGUGUCAUCAUCGUUCACGGAACCAUCUAUGCCGGCACCAGUUCCCGAAAGUAUCGACUCUGAUACCACAACCGACAAAGCUAUUGGCAUCAUCGCGGAGGAAUCCGCGCUAGACAUGGCCGACCUGACCGACGACGCGAGCUUUGCCAACCUGGGCGUUGACUCACUUAUGAGUUUGGUCAUAGCCGAGAAGUUUCGCGAACAGUUGGGCGUGGUGGUGGGUGGCAGUUUGUUCCUUGAGUAUCCGACGAUCGGUGAUCUGCGCAGUUGGUUGGACGAGUAUCAUAGUUGA